AGUUCAACCGUUCCGCUCAUUCAUUCGACCCGAUGUCAUUCCUACAGAGAGCCGGCACGAGACCACUCGUGAGAUCCUUCCAAUGCCAUCGAAAACCACAAUUCAUACGUCCCCUCUCGACAUUAGAGAAUAAUCCACACAUAUACAUCUCCCCGGGCCCACAAGGCACACACAUCCUAACCCUCCUCCCAACCACGCCCCCAAAUCCGCGCCUAUCGCUGGGAACAACCGGGGUCCUCCCGCCAACUCCAAACAGCUUCCACACAAAUCCGCAUUUCCUCACCCUCCUCCAUGAAACUCUGCGCACCCACGCUCACAAUUGUCCCGAGGUACAAGCCUCCGCCGCAACGUACGCAUCUCCGGGCGGCUCAAGUAUAUUUGCCGCGCGCAGGACGCACGGAACGGCGGUGAGUAAAGGUGGGAGUGGAGCUGGCGGGGCGAAUUUACAGGGCGGAGUGGGAGGUGGUGGCGUGGGUGGGUGGGCGCAUGUUUACGACUUGAGGAAUCCACCACCGUUCGGGAGGGUUGGUGAUCCGGGAGAUAUUAUCGGCAGUGUGGGGGUUGAUGGGAAUGGAAGGGUGGUGGAAGGGAGGUAUGAGGCGUGUACGGCUUAUAGGGUUGUUGCUAAUGAGGGGAUACUGGGAUUGAGUGGUUAUUUAAGGGGGAAAUUAGUGGAGAGGUUGGAGGAAGAGGAGAGGAAGGGCUAG